ACAAGCCAUCAUCCGCAUCAGCUAAGAUUGCAUUAGGUCCAUCAGAUGUGACAGCAGUCCAGGAUGGUCCUACUAGCAUCAGAGUUAGCUGGACUCCUCCCUCUCCACUGGUUGGUAUCACUGGCUAUCUUAUCUCUUACACUGGAGGAAGCAACAGUGACAGUGUGAAUAUUACUGGUGGAGAUAGCUACAGACUAACUGAACUUACUAAUGGAGAGACCUAUACCAUUACUAUAAGAGCCACAUCAA